AUGCACCGACGACCGUCCCCGCUCAGGGUCGACACGCACUUGCACCCGGCACUCGUCCACGACGCGCUCUCGCACGCGCGCAGACCCCGCAGCAGCACCCUCACAGAGCUCGACGAACACUCGCCCGCACCGUGGCGCGCUGACGAGAACGGCGCAGACGACGCAGUAGAGCACGACGCGUGGAGUCGGAGGCAGCGGAGGGCGAGCGGGUCGGGCGCAGGGACAGAUGCGACGGCGGCCGACUUGCUGUACCCGCUGAGGGGAGCGAGGCGCGAUGGCAGCGGGAGCACGACGAGCCUGCUCACCGCGUCAGGCAGCGCGAGCGACUCGGCGUACGGCACUCUCGACGAGCUCGACAGCGACGCGCCCGACGCCGACGCCGACCCCCUCUGCGAGUCGCCCCUUCCGGCCGAACACGACGAGCGAGCGGCCGCAUGGCGCCAGCGCGUCGCAGAGUCGUUCCGUGCGCGGUCCGAACGACGAGUGCAGGCUGCGCUCGACUCGCGCGGGUGGAAGGUGGCCGAGCAGGAGCAGGCCGACGGGGCGUACUGGCGGCGGAAGACGCGCUCGCUCGAACGCCGCCUCCUCGAGUCGGUCCAGUCGUCGCCCGACGUCGGACAAGAACCAGUAUUCGCGCUCGACGUCGCCUACGACGCCGACUCGUCCUUCGACAGCCUCGACUCGCUCUUCUCGCCGCCAGACUCGCUCACGCCGUCGACUUCGGCGUCCAGCUCCCGCUCCUCGCCCGAGCCGAGCGAGUGCGGCGAGUCGGAUUCGGCGGCUAUUCGUCUGUCGCUCCAGCGGAAGAGGCGGAGAUUGACGAAGCAGGUGGACGUGGUCGAUGCUGCCGCUACUUUCCUCUCGCGACGACACACCCUCCCUCGGCGGAAUCGUCCCCGCGAGUCGUCCUUCAAAGUCUCCUUCCCACCGUCGCCGACCAAGCGCAGAUCGACUUCGUCCCUCGCUUCGACAGACUCGAAGACCGAGUCUCCAAAUCAGCACGAACCCGCGGCGAAACCUCCGACGCUUUCUCCGCCCCUCACUCGGACUAUCGUUAUCCUCUCCGCCACCAUCUCCCUCGCUUCGUAUCUCUCGCCCAUCCCGCUCGUUACCCCGCUCUCGCCGGUUCCCCUGCGACAUGCCGACACGCCCGCGUCUCUCGUCCUCCAAUCAGCCAAUGCCGCUCUCGCGCCUCUCCUUGCGCAGCCAUCUCUCCCAGGUGUCGUGCUCGCCGCAACGACCCUCUUUCUCGCCGCGCGGCUUGAGCGACGGACAACGUCGUUAAGCGCACGGUCGAAAGUUGCGGUGGCAGGAGUCGCUUGGGCAGCGAUUGUCGGCGUGCGGGUACUGGCGAGCUGGGUAUUCGGACGUGUGCUCGGCUGGGCGCAUCCGCAAUUCUUUUCUACCCGCGCGAUUCACGAGGUUGGAGCAGGGCUGGCACCGCUCCUCCUCGCCUUGAACCUCCUCUCGUUCCGUUCUUCGUCUUUCCUCGACGCUGCGCUUCUCGCGGCCAACUUCGUCGUCCCCGUCUCAAAAGGUGGCGCCGGCCUGUGGCUUGGCAUCUCCGCCGUUCUCGUCGGACACGUCGGAGCUCUCGUCCUCUCGCUCGUUCGCUUCUUCGCCACCCCGCCCGCGACGUCCGCCAAACCCGCCUCUUCCUCCUUCUCGGUCUCCCACCUCCUCGCACUCGCCCUCCUCCCGACUUUCGCUUUCUACGCCGUCUCCCCCACCCCUUCGCCCAUCCAGACCGACCUCGCCUUCUCGCAGCUCCACCCAGAGCAACCUUCGCUCCUCACCGUCCUCCUCAUGACCGCCCCUCGGCCCGGCACGCCCGACUUCCUCAUCCAAACAGUCGAAUCGUGGCUCGGCGCCUUGCCCGACCCUUCCUCGCCUCUCCUCGGCGACAACUCGACCUCUUUCUCGCCUCUCGCCAUGCCCACCUCGUCCCGCCUCCGCGUAAUCGUCUACACGCACUUUGCCUCGCACCCAAUGUUCGAGCUCGCCCAGUCGACUUUCGCCAGCAACCCCAAAGCUGCGCACUACAUCGAGUGGCACCGAGAUCCUCGAGCGUUCGCUGCGCAGAAUCGCCUUGACCAGCGCUUGCAUGUUGCGCGAGGGCUCGAGUACGCCGCGAGCGAGGGUGGCGCGUAUGUCCUUCUCACCGAGGACGACUUUCCCCUCUGCGAGGACGCGAAGCCUGCGCGCGGAAAGGAGCGGAGCUGGGAUAACGCGUGGAAGGAGUUGCAGGCUGCGCUAGUCGCGACGAAUGCACGCAUGCCCGACCCGUUCGCCGACGCGCCCGACUCGCCACCCGGCCACUGCGGUUUGUUCCUCGCGACAGGCGGGUCGGGGCUCGCGAUCCGCUCGUCCAUCGCGGCGAGGCUGCCGGCGCUCUUGCUUGGCGACGAUGACCCGCAUGGCUAUGCGCGCGAGGAGGCGGCUGCGAGAGGCGAGAUCGUCGUCAAGCGCGAGGGAGAGGGGGCGGACACGCCUGAUCUGGUCAUCCAGGACUGCUUGCGCGGCAAGCUGCCCGAGUGCGCGGUCUGCGCACCGGGAGUUGGCGGAGCUGAGGGGAGCGCGAGGUUGCCUGGCGGAGUUGUGGGCGAGAGGGUGGGCAAAAGCGGGCUUGCGGGGACUGAGAGGCUGCUGCAGCGGCAUCUUGGGUACAACGCGAGCACGCUGCCGGGGAGGAAGUACGGGAGGGAGGAGUGGGCGUGCGGAUGGAGGCAGCCUUUCAACGGCGAGCCCGACAUCUUGACCGUCUGA